AUGCCGUGGCCUCUUUCCCGAUCGCUCCUGGCCUUGGGCCAGGGCAGCCAAGCAGGUGUAAGCUCGCCGACGGCCGCGCGGCGAAUUAUUUCGCAGACUCGAGCUCUCGUGCCCCGUAAUUCUGGACAGCUCCAGGUUGUUCGCCAUGCUUCGACUACCCAGUCCGCCACUGACACAAAGCCUGAUGCCGUCCUGCCCGCCACUACACCCUACACCCAACUCACAGUUGGUGUGCCCCGGGAGACCUUUCCUAACGAGCGACGAGUCUUAAUCGAGCGGGGCGCUGGUCUCGAAGCUGAUUUCCUUGAUGACGCCUACAUUGCUGCCGGGGCCACCCUCGUCGAUGCCGCGAGUGUUUGGAAGGAAUCCGAUAUUGUUCUCAAGGUCAGAGCGCCUAGCGCCGCUGAGACUGACCUCGUCAAGACGAACCAGACCGUGCUCUCUUUCCUCCAACCCGCCCAGAAUAAAGACCUUGUCGAGAAGCUCGCCUCCCGAAAUGCCACUACUUUUGCCAUGGACAUGGUCCCUCGUAUCUCCCGUGCUCAAGUCUUUGAUGCUCUUAGCUCCAUGGCCAACAUUGCUGGGUACAAAGCUGUCCUUGAAGCCUCUAACAACUUUGGCCGAUUUCUUACGGGUCAGGUCACCGCGGCUGGAAAAAUACCCCCUUGUAAGGUCUUGGUUAUCGGGGCCGGCGUCGCCGGUUUAAGUGCCAUUGCUACUGCGAGGAGGCUUGGGGCCAUAGUCCGAGGCUUUGACACCCGCCCUGCUGCGCGGGAACAGGUCCAGUCUUUGGGUGCCGAGUUUAUUGAGGUCGAAAUUGAGGAAGAUGGUUCCGGUGCUGGCGGUUACGCCAAAGAAAUGUCCAAGGAAUUUAUCGAGGCGGAAAUGAAGCUCUUCACCGAGCAAGCUGCCGAGGUUGAUAUCAUUGUCACGACCGCGCUUAUUCCCGGAAAGCCUGCACCUAAGCUGAUUACUCGGAGCAUCGUUGAGGUUAUGAAGCCUGGUUCCGUAAUUGUAGAUCUGGCUGCUGAGGCUGGUGGCAACUGUGAGGUUACUCAACCUGGAAAGCUCAUCACCCACAAGGAUGUCAAGGUGCGACUGACCCCCGAGUACCCCUGGCUAUAUGCCGUCCCUGCCGCUGUCUUUGGCGGUGGUUUUCUCGCUGCUGCGUCCACCGGCGCUGCCGGCCUAGUCCAAGCAGGAUACCUUAUCAGCUCGGUCCUCUGUAUCGGUUCCCUAACUGGCCUUGCGAGCCAAGCGACUGCGCGCAUGGGUAACAUGCUUGGAAUGCUUGGUGUUGGCACUGGUUUUGGCGCUCUAGCCACCCUCGGCACUCUCGCAGGUGUCCUCAUUGGAAAACGCAUUACCCCGACCGACCUCCCACAGACAGUGGCUGCCCUUCAUUCCGUGGUGGGUCUUGCAGCUGUCUUGACCAGUGUCGGUAGUGUUAUGGCGGAUGUGGCACACUGCUCUACUCUUCACCUAGUGUCGGCCUAUCUCGGUGUCCUUAUUGGCGGUAUCACCUUCACGGGCUCCUUGGUUGCCUUCUUUAAGCUUGCUGGCCGCAUGUCUUCGCGCCCCCUCACGCUUCCUGGCCGCCACAUCCUUAACACCGGCAUGCUUACUGCCAACUUGGCGACAAUGGGUGCUUUUGUUGCCAUGGCCCCAGGGUCUCCGAUGAUUGCCGCUGGGGCUUUAGCCACCAACACGGUGCUCUCCUUCAUCAAGGGAUUCACCACCACCGCUGCUAUCGGUGGCGCUGAUAUGCGACCAAGCGAAUACAAGGUUGAGGGAACAGCCGUGCAGACGAAUGUGGAAGAAACGGCGGAAGCAUUGUUGAAUGCAGAAAACGUGAUUCUUGUAGUCGGAUACGGCAUGGCUGUUGCUAAAGCGCAGUACGCUAUCAGUGACAUCACCAACAUGCUUCGAGCCAAGAACAUCAAUGUACGAUUCGCCAUCCACCCUGUGGCUGGUAGAAUGCCCGGUCAGUGCAACGUUUUGCUGGCCGAGGCAAGCGUCCCGUACGACAUCGUGCUGGAGAUGGACGAGAUUAACGACGACUUCAACGACACCGACGUUACCCUGGUUAUUGGAGCUAACGAUACUGUCAACCCGAUCGCUCUGGAGGCCGGUAGCCCAAUCGCUGGCAUGCCAGUGCUGCAUGCCUGGAAGAGUAAGCAGGUUAUUGUUAUGAAACGAAGCCUAGCAAGUGGAUACGCCGACGUGCCAAACCCCAUGUUCUACAUGCCAGGCACUAGGAUGCUGUUUGGUGAUGCUAGGGUUACUUGUGAUGCGAUCAAAUCGGCACUGGAGUCCAGGCAGUAA